CAAACUCCACCUUACAUCAGAGCUUGCUUGUAUUCCUGUGUGAUUCCCUUCUGUAGCUUGGACACAGGUUUAAAAAUGUCUUGGAUGCGCCCUGCCUUGCUCACCUGUCUGGCUUUGCUGUUCAUCCUCACCUUGUUUUACGAGGUUGACACUGCAAACGCACCUGAUGGCAAAGCGCAUAAGAAAGCAGCAGGCCUACAAGGUGGGCUAAGAAGGAUUUUUAUGGAAGAGAGAGACGCCACCAACUUUUUCAAGCGCCGUGGCAGAAGGGCCGUGAAAUCACAAGAUGAGCUCAAUGUUGAGCAGCAACAGAGACUGGCAGCUGAUGAAAGGAAGAGAGAAUAUCAUGAGGAGCAGAGGAAUGAGUUUGAAAAUUAUGCAGAGGAAGAGCAUAAUGAGCAGGAUGAGAGAACUCAGGAGAGUACGGAGCAGUGGAGAGAGUUCCACCAUGACGGCCUUGAUCCUUCUUACGAGUACAACCGUCACACUGUUUAAAGCUGUCCAAGAGACUUUUUAGUCUUUCCUGGGAACAGAAAAAUAUUCUUAAUGCCAAAUAUGUAAAAACAUCAUCACCAGCAUGGGCUGUAGAUUCAGGUCCAGUUUAGCAGGACUUCAAUGAAAACACACAGUGUGAGGUUCUCAUCCAUCUGUUGGACAAAAUCUCAGUGGUCCACUUUAAAGCAGUCGUUACAUACGGUAUGGGUGAAGGUAGAAGAAGUAGACAAAAGGUUAUAGCAUCACCUAAAUGCUUAUAAAAGGCCUGAAAACACCUAUGAUUAUAAACAGCCUGAUUUAGUAUUUGAGAUGUGCAGCAAUUUUUAGCUUAAACCAGAUGUGUGACUGGACAUUAUUUAUUCCAAAUGUCUUCACAUACAUAGCUAAAACUACUAUAUUUUUACCUUAUUUUUAGAUAUAUUUGAAACGAUUUCUGCAAUGCAUUGGGUUAUGCAUGCUGUCUGAUGAUCAACUGGAUUGUUGCCAUGAUUUAUCAUCAGUCCAUUGACAGCAUAUUAAUCUCUUAUUAAACAUGUGACAAUGAUAAUAUUCAAAAAUAGUUAUUUAUAUUCGUUUAAUUAUAUUCAUUUUAGGAACAGCUGCAAAUAUUCAGUUGUACUCACAUUCCACAGCAAUCUCAUACAUAAAUGAUAUUUUCUCUUGUACAUGGGAUCAUAUAUAAAACAAUAUGAACGUGACAUUAUGGUGAAGUAAUCUUGACUCUUUCCAGUGUAAUGAUCUACAUCAUUUAAAUAAAUACCAAUAGCAAUAUCAGAUUCUAAGGCCUGUGGGCGAUGAAAAACAGGGGGAUAUGGGGAGGAAAAACAGGAAGAAAAACAGGGCCUCAGCAUGAGACUGAGAGAAGCUGCACCUAGCUGCUAAAUUCAAAGCCCUUCUAUGAAGACUGUGAAGAAAUCCUGAGUCAAGUA